AUGCGCUCGCCAUAUGAGGCUGUUUACGGUUUUGACCGGACACAUAUCCGACGGAUGACGCUGCAAGAGUACGUGAGCGAGGGCGACACCGCUUCUGGCCUCUCCUUUUCGAGGCAGGGCGACGGGUGUCGUCUGUUGAGCUCGCGGGACCCCAACGUGGAGUUCUGCACAAAGUACCCGGUGUAUGACCGCUUUGGGCGCGAGCUCUCUGUGCUGUACCAGAUUCUGGAGGCGGAGGUGCAGCAAGAGAUCCGUCGCGUGCAGCAGGGCGGCGGUGGGACGCGGCAGUCUGGGGUGCGGCUCAGCGCCGAGAUCCCGCUGGACGACGACCCCGCAGAGGAAACCGCGAAGCCGCGGCCGCAGCACGACAAGGGCGGAGCGUACCGCCCGACCUCGUUUGUGCCACCGGCACUGGCGCACAUCGACUCUGUCGAUGGUGGUGAAAGGGAUGUCAAUGAUCUCACCGAUGUAUCUGCUUCCUCCUGCCGGUUCUCCAGCGCGACGGCGUUGUCGCCGAGAGGCACCGGUUCCUUUUUCACGAGUUCCCGUGAUGCGCGGAGAUCCACGUUUUCUAUUUAUCGCGACAGCGGGCUAAAUGCCGCCGAGGGGCUGCUCCCACAACACGGCACAAACCCUCCAGAGUCUUUGCAGCAUCAGCAGGCUGAGGUUGCUUCCAACGUUUCUCGCCCCGCCUUCGCGACACAGGGUUGCGUGGGUGGUACGGCCACAGUCAGCUCGCAGCAGCCAGUGGGGGAUGUUGCUGCGCUGCAGCUACCGCCCUCGCGGCGCAGCAACACGGCAUCUCCACCGCGCCUUGCUGACGACGGCGGUAUGGAAGAGGUGGUGAUGAUAGAGGAGGAGGGGCAGGAGGGGGAAGGCAACAGGGAGGGAGAAACAGUUGGCGACAGUCUUUGCGUGAUAAGAGCGACACUCGACACGACGAUAAGGACGGAUCUACUGCGGUUUACCACGACGCGCCCCUCUGAGCAGCGCACAACCAAGCAGCUUUUCCUCCCUCCCGGCCGAGCGACGGUGGCUAUGCGUCGCACCAUCGAACACACCAACCCAAUCUCGCGCCAGGUGUACGGUGCGCAGAACGAGACAAUUUCAGCCGCCCUCGUGGCUCCCCUCGUUGCUGCCAACUUGGAGGCCGCUUGCUGCGCCGGGGACUUCAGAAGCAUCGCGGGAGUGACGCCACAGCUGAUUCCCGGCACAACAGUGACGCUGGGUGAAUACCGCUACUGCGUCUACCGUUAUCAUGCCUCCUCCGAUGUGUAUGAGGCCCGUGCAGAACAGGCGUCCGACGACGCGCCACAAGUCCUGCUGUAUCGCUGGAGCGUGCAUGCGGUACAACAGGGCGAAAAUGAGUCUUAUCGUGCAGCGCUUGGUUUGUCACUCGCCGCCCCCUUUGUGAGUGUGACGGGCUAUCGCUACGGCGAUGGCGGCUUGACGGUCAUCACCAUGCCGUUGGGAUACGUUGCGGUGCCGCUCUCCACGGUGCCCUUGUCCGCUCGCUCCUUCCCCACUUGCGUCAAGCUUCUCCUGCGGAUGCUUUCGGACCUUGUGGUAAAGCGCACAAUUCACGGUGAUUUACGCGGGUUAAAUUGCAUUUUUUUAGCUAUUCGGCACGGUAACACCGCGGCGGAGUUGCCGCUGACUCUACUGGUGCCUGUGCACUGGGAGAGACUUGUGGACUUCAGCAUGUUUGUUGACCGUAACGCCGGCCGCACUAUUCCCAUGGUGGACGACGUCAGCGGUGGUCGAAGAGGGGAGCGCUUGUACCACGGCCAGGAUGUCGCCAUGGUGAUGCAUAUGCUGCUUGAAAACGAGCUUGCGGAGCAGCUGCGGCCUGAUCAGCUCACCGAAGUCCAGCGUCUCAUGAUGCUGACGACGGAGCCCACACAAGUGGCGAACUACCUGAUCCAGUUAAAGAACAGCAUGACUGUCAUUCCAUCUGACAUGGAUGCACUUCAGCAUGACUACGAGGUAGCACUUCAGUGUCAAAUCUAG